UCUCCCGCCCCGGUCUCCGCCCGACGCGGGGAGGAGCGGCAGGAGCGGCCGGGCUGUGCCGCGCCUGCGCCGCAGGGCCGGGGACGCGGCGGCGCUCGGUGUGCGCAGCUGCCGCCGCCGCGUGGGGCCGCAGAUGGAGCCUCCCCCCGGCGCCGCAGAAAACUCCAAGCUGAGACAUGUAGAAAAAGAUGUUUUAAUUCCACAAAUAAUGAGGGAUCGAGCCAAGGAGCUGUGUUCAGAUAAGGUGCAAGCAUUUACUAAAUGCUGUCAAGAAACUGGUGUUCUGAUGGUGGUGAAGUGUCGGCAGGAGAACACGGCGCUGAAGGACUGUCUGGUUGGCUACUAUUCUGAUCCAUCAUUCUAUGAAGAAUGCAAAGCAGAAUAUUUGAAGCAAAGAGAAGAAUAUAGAGCAACUGGAAUUAAGAAAAAAAGACAGAAGUUUACUUCAAAUGUGUGAUUGAAACUUAAAAUGAACUUUUUUGAAUAUGCAAUUUGGAUGUCACUUGAUUUAAACAGACUUAAAUUGUCUGUACCACUCUGUGUGGAGUUUAGCUGAAAUACACAAAAUGAGAUGAAUGGAGAAUAAAAUGUCUGAAACUGGGA